GUGCGUGGUGGUAGGCGGCAGGGAAGCGUUCUUGGUAGUGGAGGUAGUGCAGCCGCCGAGGUGUGUGUGUGUGCCUCGACCACCACCUGUGAGAACGACUCGAGAAUCUUGGUGUUUAAAGACGAUUAUGAAGAUGAUAGGGGGAGGGUAGAGGUUGACCCAUGGUGUGAUCUGCCUCACUGAUAAUGAGUCAAGGUGACGGUGUUAUAUGACUCAUUUGUCCACGUUAUCACCGCUACCAUCUUCCCCCUCGCUCGUGGUCAGGGGAGGAGAACCCGUAAAACACGUACUAUAUAUAAAACCUUUAACUAUACUGUUCUACAUAAUUGUUACGUGGCCAUUAAGAUUGUAUCACGAGUUUAAGCGUAAAGUGUUACUGAGUCGUGAAGUGUUUGCCGCUUGAUAACUGUGACGUGUCAGCGUCACACACAUUACUUUACCCAAGAGCUUCUUUACCUGAGGAAAACUGACCUUUUUUUUGUUACCAUGAACUCCGCCUUUAACAUGGCCGUACUAGAGGAUGUAGACGAGAGGCGUAAUGACUUCCAGUGCCAAGUCGGUCAGGUCUGAUAUCAUUAGUGCCAUCAGUCGCAACAGCCGCCUUCGGGGUAUAGAGGAGGUCGGGCAGGGGCCCCCCCGAGGCCCCGCCGCCAAGGCCCAGUCUGCAGGGACCGACACACCAGAUGUAAGCAUCACCGAUGACGGUAUCGGUUCUCUCAGCGGGUCGCCGGGGUCAACAAGGAUGCUCGCCGACUCCUCGCUCACACAGUCAGACACCAGAAGAGACAUUUUCUUGGCAACACCAAAAACUAGCACCCGGGACGCCCAGCACUCACAGAGUCAGCAGCACUCACAGAGUCAGCAGCACUUACAGAGUCCGCAGCACUCACAGAGUCAGCAGUCCUUACUGAGCGACUUCUCUGAACACUUGACGUUAGAGAGGAGCGAGACCCAGGAAGGUGACCCCCCGUGGCUCACCAGACGGGACAGUAAGUCAAUCUGGGAAGAACCUUCACUGAGUGAGGCAGAGAACUCCUGCAGGAGUGAGAGCCGUGUGGCAGCCACAGAUGAGGUACAGCAGCUGACACCAGAUGACUACACUGAGGCAGGUCACCAUAGAAACGAAGACCCUGCCUGGCACAGCACCGAUAGGAGGUCACAGCUCAGUGUCCACAGUGACCAUAACUCAGUGUCGACGACGUCGAUAAGGUCAGCAAAUUCUGAAGAGUUGAUCCCGAAGCCACAAGAGACGAGUGAAAGUUGGAGGACACCAGAAGCGUCUCCCGGCCACGACCCUCACGACUCCGACUGUCACUCUCAGGCCAACAACAAAGACUUUGAACUUGAAAUAUUUGUCGACAAACCAAGAGAGAAAAACUGUACGUCAAUAAAGGAUCCAUUAAGCGACCCUGUUGUUGACGGUGAAGAUGUAGUGAGUGAACCAAACAGGGCAGCCGUCAGCGACACACAGUCUCUUAAGUCCGCUCAAGAACCAGUUGUGUCGCCGCGUGUAGAGCCCGUCCUCGCCCCUGACACAGAGGUCCAGGAGGAGCAGCUGCUUACUUCUGUCUUGCGUUCAAAAGACGGAAGGAAAGUGCGCUCCUCGUCAGUAGGUCACAGGGUGAGGUUCAGAGGUGAGUGUUGCAUCGCGGAGCCCACCUGCGACGCCUCUUCCCUGGACGGUUACCGGCACCACGCCACAACCAGACGAAGUCGCCGUAACAAGAGAAAACUCAACAGAUCAGCCAGUGUGUCUAACAUGGGGGCGGACGUCAACAAGGAGGAGGAGGGGCGCCACGAGUACUCCACACUGCUGAGGGAGAUUCACGCCCUUAUGGCAGAGGUGAAACGGCAACGGGAGGACUUCCGUACCGAGAUACGCUCCCUGGCCUCCACUAUCAACCGUAAAUACAACUACACCUCCAGUAGGAACUGUGUGUGUUCCUCCGUCAGGAGGGGCUCUCGCCUCCCCGUCAUGAUGUCGGAUCAAGAGGCCGGAGCGAAGGAAGUAAAGGAGGUGAAGGAAGUAAAGGAGGUGAAGGACGUAAAGGAGACGAAGGAAGCGAAGGAAACGGAGCAGAAAGAGGAUAAGAAGGAGUGUGAGGAGAGGUCAAACAGCAGAGCAUCGACAGGCACCAGUACACCUGAACCAAAGUCCAGGAGAAUGGUGACGAGGCACCUGGUACCCCCAAGAGCCUAACGCUACGUGAGCAGUUCCGUAACUUCAGUAAGUUUGGUGAUACGAAGAGUGACGGCAAGAUGAUCACUCUGUCUCAGGCGGAUAAGUGGUUCAAACAGGCGAGAGUGAUAGACGGCAAGACUCUCUCUACCACCGACACCGCUAUU